AUGUCAAACCAACGCGGCAAGUGGGUGACUGAGAACAAGCAAUCGACGAUCGACAUUCCCACCGGCUGCGUUGUUAAAAUACAAGCCAAUGGGAUCAUGGCGAGAAGGCAUCAUCUGAAGAUGGUGGCGCAUAACGGGCGAGAAAGUGAGAACUUGCUGAUGCAGCGACGGUCCAGCCAGCAGCGACGAAAUGAGUAG